UCGUGUCUGGAGCAGCUGUUCACUCAGUCACAAACGCAGCAGCAAAGACGGAGGUUACGCGGAAACGUUUGAUUUCAGGAGGUAAACAAAGAGUGUUCCUGCGAUGUUGGCAGGGGAGGACGGUUCCCAGCUGCAGUGCUGUGUGAUGGUGGAGCAGCUCAACUCCUCUGGUCAGGCCACCCGCAGGCAGGUCAUCCGGAAGGCCUCUGUUAUCCUGGGCCGGAAUGAGUUCCAGGAAAUUAUACUCCGAGUCCACGACGGAAAAGUCCCACAAAGUUUCAACCUGAAAGAGUUCAAACUCUUCACCAAGUUUGCCAGAGAGGGCAAGUGUACUGUCAAACUGCUCCCUGAAAACACCCAGGUGCUGAUCUCCAACUGCCCUCCUGACCAGCUGAGCCUCUUCCUCAAAACCCUGAGCAUCAAAUACCAGGCCUGGCACAGCAGCAAGCCUCUCAGCGCCAGAGAGAAGCUCAAAGCUGCUCUGCCCCGCAGCUUCGAGGCCAUCAGCCCCCUGCAGCAAAAAGACAUUCAGAAGGUCAAUGAGCUGAGGAGUAAAUUGGCUCCCAAUGGACUCACAGACCGCACCAAUAAAACUGCUGUAAGACCAGGACAGCAGGUCAAGCGGUCAAGGGCUGACAGUAACUUUAGUCCUGUGAAGAUGAAUCCGAGUAAGAAGCCCGUUCUGUCUCUGCCAUCACGUAAACUAAACAAAGAGCAGGCUGCUGUUCUAAGUGCAGUGCUGAGUGGCAAGAAUGUCUUCUUCACUGGAAGUGCUGGCACAGGAAAGUCUUUCUUGCUCAAGAGAAUCGUGGGUUCUCUUCCUCCAAAGAGCACCUUUGCCACAGCCAGUACAGGAGUGGCUGCAUGUCACAUUGGAGGAACAACUCUGCACAACUUUGCAGGUAUUGGCUCUGGUUCUGCACCACUGGAGCAGUGUAUCGAGCUGGCUCAGAGGCCCGGGGUGUUGCAGCACUGGACAAGCUGUCGUCACCUCAUCAUCGACGAGAUCUCCAUGGUGGAGGCUCAGUUCUUUGACAAGCUGGAGUCCGUUGCUAGGUCCGUGAAGAGAUCGACAGAGCCGUUCGGAGGCAUCCAGCUGAUCGUGUGUGGUGAUUUCCUUCAGCUGCCUCCUGUUUCUAAAGGGAAGGAGAAGGCGAGAUUCUGUUUCCAGGCCAGGAGUUGGCGUAAAGUGAUACAAGUCAACAUGGAGCUGAUGGAAGUGCGAAGGCAAACAGACCAGUCCUUUAUCUCCCUGCUGCAGGCAGUGAGAGUGGGCAGGGUGACGGAGGAAGUCACUGCCAAGCUGCUGAAAAGUGCCUACCAUCACAUCGAGAGGGACGGCAUUCUAGCAACCAGACUGUGCACACACAAGGAUGAUGUGGAACUCACAAAUGAGAACAAACUCCAGCAGCUGCCAGGUUCAGUGCGGGAGUUUGAGGCACUUGACAAUGACCCAGCUCAGGUGAAGACCAUCGACAUUCACAGCCCUGUGAGCAGAGUGAUCCAACUCAAAGUGGGAGCUCAGGUCAUGCUGACAAAGAACCUGGAUGUUGCUCGAGGUCUGGUGAAUGGAGCCCGAGGGGUUGUUGUAGCAUUUGAGUCUGGAAAACAAGGACUCCCACGUGUGCGUUUCCUGUGUGGCGUUACAGAAGUGCUGAAACCAGAGCGCUGGGUUUUUAAGUCCAAUGGUGGGAUCCACCUGAGUCGACAGCAGCUGCCACUCAAACUGGCCUGGGCCAUUUCCAUCCACAAGAGCCAAGGAAUGACCCUGGACUGUGUGGAAAUCUCUCUGGCACGUGUAUUUGAGAGUGGCCAGGCUUACGUGGCCUUGUCCCGCGCUCGGAGCCUGGAGGGUCUUAGGGUGAUGGAUUUUGACCCUCGUGUGGUGCGGGCAGAUCCAGAUGUUCUCCUCUUCUGCAAGAAACUGAGGAAGGAGAGGCUGCUCAUGCAAGCCUCCAUGGAUGAUUUUGUUGGCAACAAAGAGAACUCUUGGUGAGGAGGAGGCCCUCUCCCCAUCUUAUGUUGUGCACUAUGUGCAUGUUUUAUCUCCUGGUGAUUAUUUCAGCUUUCCGAAUCGUCUUCUACACCAACAUUCACCAGCUACCUCACAGUUCCAGGCAGUAACUGAAGUCACACUGCCACCAUGUGUUCAAUACUGAACACUUUUUAAGAGCUUAUUUUUAUAACACCAUGAUUUUUUAUUUAUUAUUGUUGUUGGCAUGUUUUCAAAUAAAG